GAUGUAACAUAUCGCAUUUCUUAAUUUCAUGAAAUUUUUCACUUAUUUGUUCAGUUAUUCUGUCGGCUUGUCUUUUUCCCUAAUUUAAUGCACGAUUCUAGGAUGACUAGCUUCGGUACAUUAUGGAUGGGUGAUCUUGAGCCUUACAUGGAUGAGAAUUUCAUCAUCCGUGCAUUCAGUGAGCUGGGUGAGAUGGUGACCAAUGUCAAGCUGAUCAGGAACAGACAAACUGGGUUCCCUCAAGGUUACUGCUUUGUGGAGUUCAAGAAUAAUGAAGCUGCUCAGAAAGCCAUGCUCAGGCUCAAUGGCAAGGUGGUACCAUCCACUGCACCGCCGAAGAGAUUCAAACUUAAUCAUGCCAGUUAUGGGAAAGAACACUUGUUACAGCCUGAAUACUCUCUAUUCAUCGGUGAUCUCUCCGAGGAUGUUGACGACUACACUUUAUUCAAUGCAUUCAAGCGUUAUCCGUCUUGCCGCACUGCCAAGGUGGUCUUGGAUGGCUCCGGACGCAGCAAGUGUUACGGGUUUGUACGAUUCAGUGAGGAAGUGGACCAGCAUCGAGCCUUACUGGAGAUGCAGCACGAGACAGGCAUUGGCAAGAAACCACUCCGAGUUAGUCUAGCUACGCCAAAGAGACCUCCAUUCCAAGGCGGUAAAGGUGGUGGUGGUGGAGGAGGCCAGUAUGACCAGUACUACAAUCAGUACAGUCAGCAGUACCAGAACUACCAGUACCCUAACUACUACACGGGUAACCAAGCCGGCCAGCAGCAGCAGCAACAGAUGUAUGGUGGCUAUGGUGACCAGAGUAACGCUGGAGGAGACAUGGAGGCACAGGAUAAUGGAGGACAAGUCUUUGAUGAUAUGGAAGUUUUAGAAGAUCCUGAUGAGGAGUUUGAUAUUGAUGAAGAGAAUGAAAGAUAUAUUGAAGAAUGUGAGGAGCUAUUUGAUGCAUUGGAGGAUUCAAGGUGGACUGGUGUUGACAACGUUCUUGCCCAGGUGGAGUCGGCUACAUCAUGAUGAAGUGAACGAUCUGAGCUGAUCAGAGAGUGCUGUCUUUUCAUGGAUCUCAUAGCAGACUUUGGAGUAAUCAUGCUCUUGUCAAGAGAUAUGUUCUCCAGUUCUUUGGUUGUUAAACCUUGACCGACCGGUGACCAUUGGUGGAGACAGCCUGAACUGACUCUCAACUAGUGUGUUUUGUUUCUGUGGUGUUUGGAUACUGCCGUGUCUCAAGAGGAGAGGAGAGAUGAACUCACAGUCAGCAUUGUGAAGUACUUUCUAGGGAAUCAUGAUCUACUUGUCAUUCACUGUCUUUGUUCUACGAGUCCACGGUGUUGUCUAAACAACAAUGAAUGGGAGCGGAUAUCAAACAUGUGAAAUUGUAUCAAAUCAUUUGAAUUAAUCAUUACUGUGUAAGAGGAUGUGUAUCUAGGUAUAACUUCACAACAGUAAACUGCCAGACUUGUUCCUGAAUGUGUUCCUUCCAGCUAAUCAUAGACACAGUAGAUGUCAACGGAAAGCGUCUUUGAACAAGGAUUGAUGAUAAUCAACUGUUUUUUUAAUGUCAAUUAGGUCAUCAAUAAACAAUGUAAUAUUCUUCA